UCGACACGUUGUGGUCUAUCUUGGUUUACUUACAAAAUGUUUGCUACAGGUAAACGACAUCACAACGCAAACUAGAUAUUAUAACGUACAUUCCCCAUGCACUGCAGUUGGGCCAAAUGCGGUGACGUUUCUUUCUCUCGCGGCAUAUAUCACACAGCGGAUACACUUUUGCAGAUUAACCAUGACUGCUAAACGACCUUAUUAGACUCCAAAGUAGACACGUAGGUCCCUCUAAGUUAAGAUGAACAUUGAUGACAAGCUGGAGGGGAUGCUGCUGAAGUGUGGUGGGGGAGUGGAUGAGAGUGUGGGGUUAGGGGGUGGAGGUCCAGUCGUCAUGACCCUGGGCGAGCGGGGGUUAGAUCACCACCCCCUGUUAGCAGACGAUGAUGAAGAGGAUGAUGAUGACCUGACAGGGGUUUCAAUGGUGUCCCAUGACCUGAUCCCAACUGAUGAGAUGGUGGUACAUGAGGAGACUGUGAAUGGCAGGGAAUGGGGAAUGAAUCAGAGACUCUCACACAAGCUGCCUGUAAGCAUCAAACAAGAGUUGAAGCUGACUUCUGAUCAACUAAUGCUGGGGAAGAAAGAAAGAAAACAGCCCAGAGACCUCACAGAGUGUCACAAGAAGAAGAAGCGAAAGCAGCGCUCUCCUGCCAAGAUUCUCACCAUCAAUGAGGAUGGGUCAUUGGGUCUCCAGAGCCCAAAGUGUCAUGUGUGUGUGCACUGCAACGCAGCCUUCCGAACCAACUACCAUCUACAAAGACAUGUAUUCAUCCACACUGGUGAGAAGCCAUUUCAGUGCAGCCAGUGUGAUAUGCGCUUCAUACAGAAGUACCUUCUCCAGAGACAUGAGAAGAUCCACACUGGUGAGAAGCCCUUCCGCUGUGAGGAGUGUGGCAUGAGGUUCAUUCAGAAAUACCACAUGGAGAGGCACAGAAGGACCCAUAGUGGAGAGAAGCCCUAUCAAUGUGACUACUGCCACCAGUACUUCUCCAGAACUGACCGGGUUCUAAAGCACAGGCGCAUGUGCCAUGAGAUGAAGGAGAGGAAAGCCCACAAGGCUGCAGCAGCGGAGAAAGAUGGAGGACUCCUGCACAACACAGAAUCUCUGGGCUUUUCCUUCUCUGCCAAAGAGUGCUCGCUGCCCAAGAAGAAACGCUUGAAGACUUCAGACAAGUCUCAAUGCUCAGCUGCUGUCACUGAAGACGUUGCCACGGUCGCUUCUCUUGGCGCCAUGGAUAAGGAGGUGGAGCAAAGACCGAACAAAAUCGAAUGUCUACCUCUCUAUGCAGUUACCUCCAAGGUGGUCAAAGAUGAGUAUGUGGUGGCAGAUUAUUCUGUGGAGCUUCCAGACUCGUCCGGCGAGCAGCAUUUGGGGCUGGGUGGGGAGAAUCUCUCCUCUGAGGAGAUUCAUCCUCCCAAGCUGGUCCUUAAGAAGGUCCCCAAGAGGAGUUUGAAGCAACCAACUGAACCCGAACCACCUGUGAGUCUGUCCCCUUUGUCCUCCUUUGAAGAUGGCAAAAUCACCAGGUACACGUUUGAGAUCGUGGACAAACAAGGUCUUCUGGAUGUGGAUGUGGCCAAUUCUGACCUGGAGCCAGUAGAUGCUCUCCAAGGAGGGCAGACGAAACCAGCAUCCAGCAGCACAAACUACGAUGAUGCAAUGCAGUUCCUGAAGAAGAAGCGAUAUCUCCAGCAGGCCACUUUGUCCAACAACCGCAAUUAUGCCCUGAAUGUAAGCAGCAUCACGUCCCAGCCUUCCAUUAGACAAGCCUCAGUGGCCAAUGUCAUCGACGAAACUGUUCCCGCCACCAUCUUGGAACCCCAGCCGUUGAGCGUCGAGAUCAAGUCCAACCACGACAAGAACGUUCUCCCGGAUGAGGUUCUCCAGACUCUCCUGGACCACUACUCAAACAAGGCCAAUGGGCAACCUGAUAUCUCUUUCAGUGUGGCUGACACGGAGGUGACCUCCAGCAUCUCCAUUAACUCCUCGGAUGUGUCUGAGGCCAGCCCGGUAGAGAGCCUGGGAGGUAACCCUCAAGCCCCACCAGCAGAGAAGUCUAGCCUCCUGCAUGAGUACUCAAAGUUCCUUCAGCAAGCACUGGAGAGGACCAGCCAGAACGAUAGCUACUUGAGCAGCCAGAGUCUUACCUUUGUCACCGAGAGCCCCAGUCUCUCCAACCAGCCUCUGUUCUCCACAGAGAAACAGAACCCUUCCCCCAGCAGGUUUACCACUGGUAGGUCAGGGAUGAACUCUCCACUACGCUCUACCUUGGAGAAACCCCAUUUUGGACUACUUGUAGGGGAUUCCCAGCACUCUUUCUCAUUUUCAGGGGACGAAACAACCCCCUCAGCUGUGUCGCCAACCGAAGACUUUCUGGAGGAAGUUGCAUCCUCGAAAAAGACUGAUGCUCAAGGGUUGCAUCAGACUUUUCAAAUCAGCACCUUCGAUCAGAACUUCCGGUCACAGUUCCAGGCCUCGUCACGUUCUGGAAUCACCUCCCAAUUUACUAUUGCCAAUGGACAAGUCAGUCUGCGAAGUCAUGGAACAGACUUCUCUGAAUUCUCCCUUGAGACGAGGUCUCAAUUGAACUCUUCCCCUGAUGCUACAAGGAGUCAAACGUUUGGUUGAGGAUAUUUUUAUUUAUUUCUGCGAUCAUUUUGGAAGGCACUUUUAUAUACAUAUCCUCUGUUCUGCCAAAUAGGUUACACUGCAAAGGUGGCUGUUGCUCAAAGCAUUUGUGAUUU